AUGGCGUUGCCGCGUGGCGACGGAAGUUUGAUUGACAGUUCCGCCUCACCCCGCGAGGACCCGUCUCACCCCGCGAGGGCCCUUCUCACCCCGCGAGGACCCGUCUCACCCCGCGAGGACCCGUCUCACCCCGCGAGGACCGUCUCACCCCGUGAGGACCGUCUCACCCCGCGAGGACCCGUCUCACCCCGCGAGGACCCGUCUCACCCCGCGAGGACCCGUCUCACCCCGCGAGGACCCGUCUCACCCCGCGAGGACCCGUCUCACCCCGCGAGGACCGUCUCACCCCGCGAGGACCGUCUCACCCCGCGAGGACCCGUCUCACCCCGCGAGGACCCGUCUCACCCCGCGAGGACCGUCUCACCCCGCGAGGGCCCUUCUCACCCCGCGAGGGCCCUUCUCACCCCGCGAGGGCCCGUCUCACCCCGCGAGGACCGUCUCACCCCGCGAGGACCGUCUCCCCCGAGGGCCCUCUCACCGUCUCACCCCGCGAGGGCCCGUCUCACCCCGCGAGGACCCGCCUCACCCCGCGAGGACCCGUCUCACCCCGCGAGUACCGUCUCACCCCGCGAGGGCCCUUCUCACCCCGCGAGGACCCGUCUCACCCCGCGAGGACCGUCUCACCCCGCGAGGGCCCCCGCAGGGGCCUCACCCCGCGAGGGCCCGUCUCACCCCGCGAGGGUCUCACCUCACCCACCCCGAGGGCCGUCUCAGGGCCCGUCUCACCCCGCGAGGGCCCGCCCGUCUCACCCCGCGAGGACCCUCACCCCGCCCCGCCCCUCACCCCGCGAGGACCCGCCUCACCCCGCGAGGACCGUCUCUCCCCGAGGACCGCUCACCCCGCGAGGACCGCCUCACCCCGCGAGGACCGCCUCACCCCGCCUCACCCCGCGGACCGUCUCACCCCGCGAGGACCCGUCUCACCCCGCGAGGACCGUCUCACCCCGCGAGGACCGUCUCACCCCGCGAGGGCCCGUCUCACCUCUCACCCCGCGAGGGCCCGUCUCACCCCGCGAGGGCCCGUCUCACCCCGCGAGGGUCCGUCUCACCCUGCGAGGGCCGUCUCACCCCAUGAGGGCCGCUCAGAUCGUGAACCGGCGUGGGGGCGGUCCUCGGGGGAAGCGGGUGGCGAACCGUUACUAUACCGACAAGAACGUCACCUGUCACAGCUGUAAGAGGACUGGACACCUCUCCAAGAGCUGCCCUACGCCCCCGAUCAGACACACGUCUGUGUCAGCAUUAAGACCACAGCGCCCCCAUCUGGCCACAGGGGACACAGCACCCCCAUCAGGCCACAGGAGGCACAGCACCCCCAUCAGGCCACAGGAGGCACAGCACCCCCAUCAGGCCACAGGAGGCACAUCGCCCCCAUCAGGCCACAGGAGGCACAGCGCCCCAUCAGGCCCCACAGGGGACACAGCACCCCCAUCAGGCCACAGGGGACACAGCACCCCCAUCAGGCCACAGGAGACACAGCACCCCUAUCAGGCCCCACAGGAGGCACAGCACCCCCAUCAGGCCACAGGAGGCACAGCACCCCCAUCAGGCCACAGGGGACACAGCACCCCCAUCAGGCCACAGGAGAAACAGCACCCCCAUCAGGCCACAGGAGGCACAGCACCCCCAUCAGGCCACAGGAGGCACAUCGCCCCCAUCAGGCCACAGGAGGCACAGUGCCCCCAUCAGGCCCCACAGGGGACACAGCACCCCCAUCAGGCCACAGGGGACACAGCACCCCCAUCAGGCCACAGGAGACACAGCGCCCCCAUCAGGCCACAGGAGACACAGCACCCCCAUCAGGCCACAGGGGACACAGCACCCCCAUCAGGCCACAGGAGGCACAGCACCCCCAUCAGGCCCCACAGGAGGCACAGCACCCCCAUCAGGCCACAGGAGGCACAGCGCCCCCAUCAGACCACAGGAGCCACAGCGCCCCCAUCAGGCCACAGGAGACACAGCACCCCCAUCAGGCCACAGGGGACACAGCACCCCCAUCAGGCCACAGGAGGCACAGCGCCCCCAUCAGGCCACUGGAGACACAGCACCCCCAUCAGGCACAGCGCCCCCUUCAGGCCACUGGAGACACAGCACCCCCAUCAGGAACAGCGCCCCCAUCAGGCCACUGGAGGCACAGCACCCCCAUCAGGCACAGCGCCCCCAUCAGGCCACAGGAGGCACAGCACCCCCAUCAGGGCACUGGAGGCACAGCACCCCCAUCAGGCCACAGGGGACACAGCACCA